UCACAUAACGCAACAACAGACCCGGAAGUACAACGCCAACCGUAAACACAGCUGUGACAGCGUUGCUGUUGCUUUUUGGAAGAUGGUGUACGUGUCCAACGGCCAGGUCCUGGAUAGCAGGACUCAGUCACCAUGGCGCCUGUCCUUGCUGGUUGAUCUUUUCUGGGGAGCAGUGGAGUUUAUCAGCCUCUUUUUUAAGACCAUGUUUCACCCUGACCUGUCAAAGAAUGAAAGUGCAGCCUCGUCACGCUUCAGCGACGGCAGAGGUCCUCCAGGGCCCCCUGGUGGCAGAAGGCGGAUGGGAAGAAUAAACCAUGGUGGAGGUCCCAGUCCUCCACCAAUGGGUGGCGGAGGAUGAGGAAGGUGA